AUGUCGUCGAAUACCAAAUCCUCUGAGCAGCCAAUGGCCAAGGACUUUUCGUCCUUCCUCUCACUUGAGGGCGCCUCGCGCAAGAAGAGUCCUCUCAAGAGCUUGCUCCGCUUCAUGGGAGGAGACAUGAUCUCUCUUGGUGGUGGUCUCCCUCACCCAUCGACCUUCCCCUUCUAUUCCCUGUCCGCCGAGGUUAAGAGCAUGGACCCCACUCUCAAUGCAGAAUCUGCUACUAACAACACAAAGGCAGCCUCAGCAUUGGGCGAUCUCGUCACUGUCCCUCACGGUCCUCAACCUGGCAAGAUCGAGAACUUGAGCGCAUCUCUGCAGUAUGGUAUCGGUACGGGCAUCAAGUCCCUGCGUGAAUUCUGCAAGGAGCACGUCAAUCAGAUGCACCGUCCUCAAUACCAAGAUUGGGAUGUCAUCCUCUCUGCCGGUAAUACGGAUGCGUUCGCAAAGACCAUUGCCAUGCUCUGCAGCCGCGGCGACAAGAUCCUGGUCGAGGAAUGGACAUACCCUGCAGCGCUAGAGAUGAUCGACCCCUUGGGUGUCGGUCAUGUCCCCGUGAAGAUGGAUGGGGAGGGAAUGUCUGCAGUUGCACUGAAGGACCUUUUGGACAAUUGGGGAUCGACGCCCGAGCAGGCAAACGACACCAAACCUUGUGUGGUGUACCUGAUCCCAACCGGACAGAACCCUACAGGCGCGACCAUGUCUAUCCAGAGACGGAGAGAUAUCAUGCAGGUAGCACAGGAGCACAACUUGAUUUUGAUCGAGGACGACCCAUAUUACUAUCUUCAGUUCUUUGCUGGAGAGGAUGAGCAGAAGGAUGGCCAGACGAACGGGACAAGUGAGAACAGCCAAUCUGGAUGGGUUCCCUCGUUGCUCUCGAUGGACACGGACGGCCGUGUGAUCCGACUGGAUACGUUCUCAAAGACGUUGGCGCCCGGAUGUCGCGUGGGAUACAUGUCGAUGAACGCACAUUUCUGCACAAUUGCUCAGUACCACAACGAGGUGACAAUACAGCAGCCCAGUGGAUUCUCACAGGCGCUUUUGGCGGAGAUGCUGAUCUCACACUGGGGACAGGAGGGCUAUACCCGUUACUUGUUCGAGAACGUUCGCACAGAGUACCUGAAGAGAUCACAGCAUUUGCAGAUGUGCUACAACAAGUAUGUGGUCCCUCAAUUUGCGAGCUUUAUCAAGCCAUCGGCAGGCAUGUUUAUCUGGAUCAAGGUGCAUGUAGACCAGCACCCUCGGUACGGAACGGUAUCGGAUUCGGCCUUGAUGCUCGAGGUGUUCAGGAGCUGUGUGGAGAACAAUGUGUUGAUGGUGCCUGGUUGGCAGUUCAGCUGCAAGCCCAAGCCUGCGGAUAUUGACCCCUCGGACGUGUUGAACGUGUGGUUUGAUGACCAGGCCACAUACUUGCGUGCGACGUUUGCGUACGCGAGCUUUGAGCAGAUGGAGCAGGCGAUGGCUCGAUUCGGCCAGUCACUGAGCAAGACUUUCGCGGCGUAG